AGCGUCCGGUGUUAAGUUCUUCGCGCGAGAUCGCGGCGCUACGUAAAGCGACGAACCUCACGUAAUUUCUUCAUUUCGAAUCGAAUGAAAUUCAUUUUUGAUUUCGAUCGAGGGUGAAAUGUAAAUGUGAAAAUGUGAAGAACUAAAUCAAGUUAUUUUUGUUGUGGUUGGUGCUUUCGUUGUGUGAUUUUAUUUCCGACAAAGAAUUUAAAAAAUAAAGAUGCAAACAGAAGACGCGACCAGUGAUAGGGAAAUAUCCCCUCCAACAAAAAGUCAUCAACAAGAACUAAAUCAAAUCCUCCUCCAAGAGAAUUUCCUUCAAAGAUCGAUUCAAAACGUGGCGAUUUCGUUGCAGAACGCGAUGAUGAACUCGUUACAACAAGCCGCUUUGCUCCCGGCGAAUUCUGCAGCUGCGGCUGCUUUAAAUCUUCAAGCACUCGAAUCUUAUUUAACGUUGCAAAGACUGACGACGGUAACUAAUAAUGUCACUAGUAAUGGUAAUAAUAGUAGUAAUAAUAAUAUCUCAACGACGACGACUUCUUCUUCGUCGAGUCGAAUCGAUAUCUUAAAAAUCGCAACAAACACCGCGAAAAUCGCCGAAGAAGCCGAUACUCAAACCAAUUUAACCGACGAUGUUGAUCUCGCGGAAGAAGUCGAGGAAGAUUUGGCCUUAUUAGACAACGAUGAUGCGUUUCCUUCCUCGCCCAUCGAUACCACUUAUCCCAGUCUGAUUAUGAACUCGAUUUAUCAGAAUUCUUCGUCAACGACGGGAUCAAAUAACGCGGCGAAUACAACGACUAUUGCAACACCGAGUUCCACAACGGGGGCUGUCAACAAAAAGGGAACUUCAAGACCCAAAAAACAAUUUAUUUGUAAAUUCUGUAAUAGACAAUUUACGAAAAGCUAUAAUUUGCUGAUACACGAAAGGACUCAUACUGAUGAACGGCCGUAUAGCUGUGAUAUUUGUGGGAAAGCUUUUAGGAGGCAAGAUCAUUUAAGAGAUCAUAGGUACAUUCACAGUAAAGAGAAACCCUUUAAGUGUACCGAAUGCGGCAAAGGCUUCUGCCAGUCACGUACCCUGGCCGUGCAUAAGAUAUUGCACAUGGAGGAGUCACCGCACAAGUGUCCCGUUUGCAGCCGUUCCUUCAAUCAGAGAUCAAAUCUGAAAACUCACCUGUUGACCCACACGGACAUCAAACCGUACAAUUGUUCGGCGUGCGGCAAAGUGUUUCGUAGGAACUGCGACCUGAGAAGGCACAGCUUAACGCAUAAUCUUGGAACGGCUAAUGGAAAUGUUUUAAAUACGAACUCGGUUCAUAGUUUUCAUAGUGUUUCUGAUGGUGUUUUGAACAAUAUUAGUAACGGUAGUAAUACAACUAAAACGGUUACGGCUACCGCUACGAAAUAAUUAUUAUUGAUAUUAAUUAAUUAAUUAUUGUUUGAAAAUGUUCU